AUGCAUUCACUAAAGAAAGUGACUUUUGAAGAUGUAGCUAUUGACUUCACUCAGGAAGAGUGGGCCAUGAUGGACACAUCCAAGAGAAAGCUGUACAGAGAUGUGAUGCUGGAAAAUAUCAGUCACUUGGUGUCCCUCGGGUACCAGAUGAGCAAAUCCUAUAUAAUUUUGCAGCUGGAGCAAGGAAAAGAGCUAUGGCGGGAAGGAAGAGAAUUUCUUCAAGGCCAGAAUCCAGACAGGGAAAGUGCCGUUAAGAAAAAACACAUGAUAUCCAUGCAUUCUAUCAUCAGAAAAGACGCACCUACCAGUAUGACAAUGGAGAACUCUCUCAUUCUGGAGGAUCCUUUUGAAUGUAAUGAUUCCGGAGAAGAUUGCACUCACAGUUCCACGAUAACUCAGUAUUUGUUAACUCAUAGUGGAAACAAACUUUACGUCAGCAAACAGUGUGGAAAAUCCCUUAGUAAUCAGUUGUCCCCUAAACCGCAUAAACAAGCUCAUACUAAAGGUAAAUCAUAUCAAUGUAAUCUGUGUGAAAAGGCCUAUACUAAUUGCUUUCACCUUAGACGGCACAAGAUGACUCACACUGGAGAGAGGCCAUAUGCAUGUCAUCUAUGUGGGAAAGCCUUCACUCAGUGUUCUCACCUUAGAAGACAUGAGAAAACUCACACAGGAGAGAGACCGUAUAAGUGUCAUCAGUGUGGGAAAGCCUUUAUUCAAUCCUUUAACCUUCGAAGACAUGAGAGAACUCACCUUUGAAGGAAGUGUUAUGAAUGUGAUAAAAGUGGGAAAGCCUUUAGUCAAAGCUCUGGCUUUAGAGGAAACAAAAGAAUUCACACUGGAGAGAAACCACAUGCUUGUCUUCUAUGUGGGAAGGCCUUCAAUCUAUCUUCCAACCUUAGAUGA